AUGGAACCUGACGAAAGGCACCACCACCACCACCACCACCAAGAGCAUCAUCUCACUUCUCCUUACUACCAUCCUUUCCACCACCACACCCCCACCACCGUCUCCGCCGCACCCUCCUACAAUGGUAAUAUGCCACCACCACCACCACCUAACGAUGGAUCUUCUUCUUCCUACCAUCACUCCGCGCCGUCUUCAGCUGUUACGGCUCCGAUUGAGCCACUUCUUCCGCUAGCAGUUCCUCCGCCAGAGAAAGGAGAGAGCAAGCCGCCGCCGGAGGCGUUUCGCCUCCGUCUAAACCCGGUUCAAAAAAUCAAUUUCGGGCUCUUUCGGAAAAGUGGGCAAAGUUUUACACCGCACAUUGUUAAUAUAACUCCUGGUGAGGAUGUGGCUCAGAAAAUUAUCCUUUUCGCUGAGCAAAGCAAGCAUGAGUUAUGCAUUCUUUCUGCAUCUGGCGCCAUCUCUGAUCCAUCCUUGUCUCACCUCGCAACCGGAACCAGUGUAUCUUAUCAGGGUCAGUACGAAAUCCUCUCACUGAGGGGAUCUUAUAUUCGGGGAGAGCAUGGUGGUAAAACUGGUGGCCUUAGCGUUUGUUUAUCUAGUUCAGAUGGUCAGAUCGUUGGUGGUGGAGUUGGAGGACUCCUAAAGGCUGCUGGUCCAGUUCAGGUGAUUCUUGGUACGUUUCAGCUAGAGAGGAAGAAGGAUGGGAGAAACGGUGUGAAAGCAAAGCAAGAGGUGGGAAUAUCUAUGAUCACUUAUAUGGCCAGAUAUAAUUACUAUGGCCUGAUGCAGGUGCCCCAAAGUCGAUUGACCUGGCCUGCUCUUCUAGAGCACCCCUUCAUUAAAGAAUCUCUAGAGGAAGUUGAAGCCAGGGAAAUGCAUACUGCGGUAGUUGACCAUAAGGCAGCGUGGAGACUCAAAGGAAAUGGAGGCCAACAGAGAAAUGAAAAGUGUGACUCGGCGACCCCGUUUAAGGAAGCCUCUGCUCUAGGAAUUGUAGCUGACGUUCAGUCAGAUAUGAAGAGUGCUGUCAAAGUAAAUUCUCCCUCUCCUGAGGAUUUUCUCGGAUUCCCAACCCAGGAGGCUAUUAAAAGUUCAGGUGACGCAACAUUGGACAAAUUGGAAAAUACAUCUGGAACUGUUAAAGGUGCAAAAGUUAUAGGUGAAGAUGCUAAAGCAAUGGAUCUAGUUCUACUGUCACUGGAAAGAUGUACAAAAUCACUGUCGAAAAGGGACAAAAGAUCUUGCUUGCUCUAUUCAGUCUCUCAGAAUAAUUUUCAAUUUGGUUGGAGCUCGCGCAAUAGAUUCCGUUGAACUGAUUGACAAAAUAAUAUCUGCACUGCUAGACUAUACUGACGCUCUUGUUGGGAUGAAAUCAUCCGAGUCAACAACAUAAUACCAAAGAGUCUUUCAGUCACUAAAAACUUGGUAGGGCAUAUUGAAUGAAGUAGGAUACAUAGUUCCUACAUCAGGCACUGGACGAAACUAGUGGAAAUCUUUGUACAGGUGACCUUAUGUUGGUGCACCAUAGGUUAUUUUGAGAUCAGUUCACCUGUACUUAUUUAUUACUUUUAUGCUUACUAGAUCUUUUUGCGGAUUAUUUAUUGUAAAGAUAUUUUUUUUAUUUGAUUCUCAUUUAUUUAAAUAAUUAGGUGA